UCCCAAGGCUGAAGGAAUAGCGUCAACUCAAUACUCCACAACUUAUGCAACGACCGACACAUAUUGUUUGACAUGCCGCCCCCGAAAAAGGACUUGGGCAUGGUUGGCAGAAUGGAUAAUAAGGGACAAAAUGAGUUCAGCUACAAAAGGCGGCUUCAGGACCGAUUCGGCCAUCUCAAACAACCGCUUCGGUGCUGAGCGCACUUUAACCCCCUGGGUUCCCGACUCAACAGCUGACGUCGACGGCGGCCUUGAGAGUUCGAACAAUCACGGCCAUUGGGACCAGUUUGCUGAAAACGAACGGCGAUUUGGCAUCAGGACGGAUUACGACGAGAAUAUCUACACAACCGCGAUCGACAAGAAUCAUCCGCAAUAUCGCGAACGCAUGGCUGCUGCUGAAAGGAAAGCCAGAGAAAUAGAGCGUAGCAUCCCAACCACGGCCCAUGUGGCCGAGGAACGUGUCAUGGACCACGCUGCAGGAGACAGUCGGGGUGACGACGAAGAAGAGAAGUAUAGCGGGGUUCGACGACAGGAUUUUCCCCCUCUCUCGAACCGCGAUGAGAAGUACACACCUCCUGCCAAACGGGCUCCUUCGGCCCAAACUACAGUCACUGGGGCCCCUGUAGACCCGGCUAUCAUCUCGUCGCAAGUGCGAGCCCCGGCUAAGAAGCAGCCCCCGGUCAAGGCGGAAGAGACAAAGACACCCGUUCCUGCAUCCAAGCUCGAUGCCCCCCAAGCGACGGAACGAUCCCAGACUGCCGAAGCGAAGCUCUCAAAGCCGGUUGCGCCCAACAAUGAGACAAACAAGCCAUCUGUGUCCAGGCCGGCGGAAGGCAAGUCCACGAGCACGAACACGAACACAUUGGGUGGGAAAUUGCCCGACAAGACCAUGCCUUCACGGCCUUUGGCGUCAUCAAGCCACGUCCUCUCCUCUCAACCUAGAGAAGGUAUUCCGAGUGCCGCGUUGACAGUUGAGCGCGACGUUCUCAAUUCGUUCAAGUCGUUCGCGAGCCAGCAGCGUCAGACUGCAGACAAGCUUCGAUCCAACAAGGCCAAAGCGGACAAGGAAGUCAAGUUAACCGAGUUGAAGAAGUUUGCAGAAGGCUUCAAGCUCUCAACACCGGUGCCGACCGACUUGAUCUCUAUCAUAACGAAAGACCCUACCAAGCAGAAGGAGAUCCAAGCCAAAGCCAUUCAAAAUGCAGAAGACGUAGCCCGAACGAAGGCGGCCGAGGCUGCCGCCAAACCCAAGGACCCCAGUUCCAAGGAUAAUCCAGUCAAACCAGCUACUACAGCCGUCAGUCCCGUGACGCAGGUCGCACCCGACACUCGAAGUGUUACUCGAACUACUGGUUCCCAAUUUGCGAAUUCCCCGGGACCCUCAAACCGCCAUGCGAAUGCACGCCAGUCGUAUGCCACUUCGUCUCAUCACAACGGGCCUUACAGAAACGACCGCCCGGGGCAACACCUUGCCCAGCAGGGUCGUCAACCUCUAGGUCAACGGUUGCGCAACGUGGAACAACAGAAACUGUCACAACCCCCACCGCAUGCCCAGCCGCCUCAUCCCCAGCAACACGCAGGUGCACCUGAGAUGCGCGUGCCCCCUACUGGUCCGGCAAACAGCUCGGCAGAUCUACAGUUUGGGCGCCGACUCAGUGGGGUCCCGGGACAUAUGGGUGCGAAGCUCAAUCCGAACAGCCACGAGUUCAGGCCCAAUCCCUAUGCCUCCUCUUUCAAUCCGAAUGGCGCCCAACUCAGUGCGGCUUCCAGUCCUCGUUCCGCUGCGGGGAACAACAAUGCAACAGACCCGCCCACACAUCUUGUUGGCACUGGACAGCUAAUCCGUCGCAAGACUAAAGCCAUAGAUGUCAAGAAGUGCUUCAUCCUUGCCAAUAUCAAGACAUACCAGCCGCCGCAGGGGCGGAACUGGGAGGAUAAUGGGAGUCUGAAGCCGUCUUAUGAUACUCUUCCGACAUGGCGGCAAAUUCACGAGGAAGAUGAAACCCAAGACUCCACGAUGCGUCUGACUUAUAAGGAGUUCUUGGAACAGCAGUCCUUUGCCACGCCUUCAGCUGCCCCCAACCCACCUCACGUUGGUUCCAGCGCACCCCAUCAUUAUCAACUACCCCUGCACUUGCAAGGGCCACAUGGUACAGCACCGCGUCAAUCCCCAAACUUGCCUUCGAUGCCGAUGCACACUCAACCUGGCCACGCCCCGCACGCCACUUAUAACAAUGUGGACGAUCAUAGAAUGAUGCAUUCGAAUUCUGCCCAGUCAUUUGCAUCUCCCAGGAUGGCUCAGGUCCCUAUCACAUACGGCCCACCUGUGAGCUCUCCGGCGCCGGUUCCCUACAAUCAACCCAUCAUGCAGCCUUAUAUGAGCCCUGGCACCCCGCAAAUGGGUCAAUUUAGGAGCUUCUCUAACAGCCAUCAACCGUAUUUACCUCAACAGCCGGGGCAUGUGGCUGGUGGUCCGAUGAUGAUGCAGCCGCAGUUCAUCAAUCCGCAAGGCCUCGUCCAAUCACCGCAGCUGCCCAUGUAUGGCGCGCAUGCGCAAUUUGUUCCUCCCAAUGCAGGCCCAUCUCAAACGAUGCCUGCGUCCAACGGGUACCCCAGCCCUGGCAGACCGUCCGCGCCCAUGAUGUCCCACCAGGGAUCCCAACAGGGCCAGUCUGUCUACGGCAUGAGCCCUAAUUUGCAAUAUCAACAGCCUGUCUUUGUUCCGCAGCAACCUGGCGGCCAAGGUGCGUCAUCCUUCAAAGGUAUAUGAAACCUGAUCUCUGGUUCGUUCAGAUUCGACGGUCUGACGCAACACGGGACUGACGGCUUUGGAAAACAACAGGAAGCGGCCGAGGCUAUGGUGCGACAGGUCCACAGCCAUACGGUUCGAGCC